AUGACGCCUCUGAUUUUGAUGCUAGCCCUCCCGAACAGCGCACCAGCAAUAAUAGACUUUUUUAGAGAGUUCACUGUCCAUGUAGAUACCCUUGGACAUGUCUGUUCAUUUGCCGUAUUUGAUUUCAAGCGGCAUGGCAACAUUAGAUUUGGCGCACCUUCUUUCGGAGAACAAGACAUCAACACACAAGAGGCUGGCAAGGACGGUCGAUGGCAAGAGGAUGAAAGGCUACAAAGUAAAGACGGGAAAAUGGAGAAGUCUUUCCUCGCAUUCAAAGCUGCUCACCCUGAAUGGACACCAUCGGAUCCUGUCGGAAGUCUUUACCUGGAGAGGUUACGGGAGAUGCAUCAAGACAUGAGUACCUCACGGUAUCAUGGAGGUGGUCUGACACGACAGUCUACGGCCCCAGCAAUUGGAUCAGCGUCGAUACAGGGUCGUUCUACUCUCGCCGAACGCUCUCAGCUUUAUGAGAAGGCUUUGGCACAGUCAAUGGCUAAAGCCAGGAGCAGAAAGGGAAUGGUCGGAAGCUUACAGAUGACUCCGGCUACCUCUGGCCCAUCGAAGGACCGGACCGUACCAUCAGAAGAACACAAUGCCUUUGUCUCCCAUAGUCAACACGUCCAUGAUGAUCGUGCGGAAGAUGGUGGAAUUGGAAGCGAACUCGGAGACUCUUACGUCGACGAUGUUAGAACUCGUGGUGGGCGCGUUUUCCUGACUGAAACCGCCCAGAUGGCGGAAGAAGAUUCAAAAGCUAGAGAAGAAGAGGAAUUGGAAGCCGAGGAACUUGCCAAUGGAGGUGUUCUAGGGCUCCUAGCCCAGAUUUACGAUCUUCAUGAGAUCAACAAGUCCCAUUCUUUAGCCAUCCCUACCAAGUUGUCUCUUGGAACCCACCACAGAGCUGCAUUAGUCAUGCCACCAAAGAAUAAGACACAGGAUAGUGCUCAAAAGUUGGGUAACUUUUUUACCAAUCUCGAGUCUGGUUCGGCCAAUUUCAACCAAGAGGGGGGUCCUCAACCAAAAUUCGCUCAGCCAAUCUCUCAAGAGGCUCUGGAGAAACUGGCAGAACGACUGAAAGAGCUUGUAGGCGAAGACUUUGAUAUGCCAAACGAACAG